UCUCAUUUUUGUUUAUAUCGUAGUCGGGUCAUCUAUAUCUACUUAGAUACUAAAUUAUCUUAUAAUGUAACUAUAGCCAGCAAUUCUAUACUUCGAUUUCGUUGACGGCAAUGAGCAUGGCGAUGUUAGAUCAAGCAAUAAUAGCUGCUCUACCUACAAAAUGUGAAGUGAUAUCAGUAACCAAGUACUUGAAAACCAAUUGGUCGACAGGUCUCCGAGUUGUCAUCAACGCAGAUGAUAAGCAGCAGGAGUUCUUCGUUAAGGUUGUUGAGCGGCCUGGGUUAGUUGGUAUGUCCGAGGCAGAAUAUGAAGGACAAAGGGCUCUUGCAACUUAUAUUCCAGAAAACGUCGUGAUCCCUAUAGCUUGGGGAUUUCUAGAAAAUGAUACCUCGAAAUCUUUCUUCCUCACUCGUUUCCGUCAUCUGCGUGUUUGCCCUCCUCCAACCUUGAAGCUCUUAGCGAUCGUAAAAAAGCUACAUCUAUCAUCUGUAUCGCCGACGGGGAAGUUUGGCUUUCAUGUCACAACGUUUUAUGGCCCCCCUCCGAUGAUCAACGACUGGACAGACAAUUGGGAGGAGUAUUUCACACGGCAAUUUCGGGCGAACCUAGCAUAUGCGCAACAAGAACGUGGCGAAGACCCCGAAUUGCAGGCUCUUGCUGAGGAUUUCAUCGAGAAGGUAAUCCCUAGGCUCUUAAGGCCUCUGCAAACGGCGGGUAGGAGCAUCAAGCCUACACUAUGCCACGGUGAUCUCUGGGAUGGUAACAUCCAAGUCGACGUCGAGACCAAGCAACCGAUCAUGUUCGACCCAUGCUGUUUUUAUGGGCACAAUGAAAUGGAUCUUCAGUGUAUGGGAGAUCCCCGUUACGCGCUCGGAAUGGAGUUCAUAGAUCUAUAUAAAAACGAAGUAGGGGCAUCGGAGCCAAGACAAGAUUUCUAUGAUCGGCAUGCCCUAUACGCGGUUCGCAACAAUAUAUGCACAGCAGGAAUGUGGCCACAGUGGGCACCAUUGUUGACAACUGCAAAAGAGGAGAUGCGUCGACUCCUAUCCAAACAUCCCGACGGCCUCAACGGUUUCCAGAUGGGUCAGAAUAGUGAAUCGGCAGAUGGAAUCUGUCAAUCUGUAUCGUGUGUUGGAAAUACUGCCGAGUCCAUAGAGGGCUAACGUAUGGAUAUGUUCACUUCCAUUCUUUGAGUCGAAGCUUGAACCCUAGUAUGUAGAAGGCAAUUCGAGGCAUGACCAGAAUCCAGGGGUAUUGUUUCGUGAAGAAACAUUUUAAUUCCAAUUUUCUGUAGAGGCGGAUUUUAGCGUAUUAGCUGGCUGUGGCUGUGCAUAAUAACUCCCCAGCAACUGCCCAUAUGCGCUGUAGCGCGUACCCUGUAAAACUGGGGCGGUC